GGGAUUUGGGGCGAGGCGAGCGCGCUUGCCACUCCGCAUGCGCAGAGCGGGGAGCCGGCCUCCGGGACUACGGCUCGCAGAGGAAUCUACCGGCGGCCGCGGGCGUCCCCCGGCGGACGCCAUCUUGAAAUCUGAUCCUUAAUUUCCGAGCAUUUGCGUCAGCUGCGGACGGCCGCUAGUGUACCGUGAACCCAGCCUGCGAAAAGGGAGGACGUUGAGGACGCGGCCGGGGCUGGGAGAAACAGCUGGAGGAGUCCCGGCAGGUUCUGGGCGCGGCCUGCUCCGUUGCCACUCAGCAUCCCCCCCAAGGCGUUUCUACACCCGCCCCCUCCCCGAGGGGCGGGGCUGCCUGCUCCGGUACCCGGAGCCCGCGCGCGAGCGGCAGAGGUGCGCCCCUGCAGAGCGGGGACCCCACUGAGGUGUGCCAUGCAGGCCGGAGGCCACGAGGGAGACGGAGUGCAACCGAGGGCCAGUGAGUGAGCGCCAAGCAGCAGCAGCCUCAGGGAAGCGCGGCCACCGCCAGGAGGGAAGAUGAAGGAGAUUUGCAGGAUCUGUGCCCGGGAGCUUUGCGGAAACCAGCGGCGCUGGAUCUUCCACACGGCAUCCAAGCUCAACCUCCAGGUUCUGCUUUCGCACGUCCUGGGCAAGGAUGUCUCCCGCGAUGGCAAAGCCGAGUUUGCUUGCAGCAAGUGUGCCUUCAUGCUUGAUCGGAUCUAUAGAUUCGACACCGUUAUUGCUCGGAUCGAAGCCCUUUCUAUUGAGCGCUUGCAGAAGCUGCUGCUGGAGAAGGACCGCCUCAAAUUCUGCAUUGCUAGCAUGUAUAGGAAGAAUAACGAUGACUCUGGCGUGGAGAUUAAGGCGGGGAAUGGGACGGUUGACAUUUCCGGCUUACCCGAUGUGAGAUACUCGGCGCUGCUCCAGGAAGACUUUGCCUAUUCAGGGUUUGAGUGUUGGGUAGAAAAUGAGGAUCAGAUUCAGGAGCUACACAGCUGCCAUGCUUCGGAAGGCCCUGGAAACCGACCCAGGAGAUGCCGUGGUUGUGCAGCUUUUCGGGUUGCUGAUUCUGACUAUGAAGCCAUUUGUAAGGUGCCUCGAAAGGUGGCUAAAAGUAUUUCGUGUGUCCCUUCCACCAGGUGGUCCACUAGCAUUUGCACCGAAGAACCAGCCUUAUCUGAGGUCGGGCCACCGGACUUACCAAGUGCUAAGAUAAACCCAGAUGGAGAAAGCAUGGAGGAAGAGACACCGGGAUCCUCUGUGGAAUCUUUGGAUGCAAGUGUCCAGGCUAGUCCUCCACAGCAAAAGGACGAGGAGACUGAGAGAAGUGCAAAGGAACCUGUAAAAUGUGACUGUUGUUCAGAUGAACAGGCUUUGCAGCAUAUGUGCAACCACAGGCUGGAGCUAGCUCUAAGCAUGAUUAAAGGCCUUGAUUAUAAGCCCAUCCAGAGCCCACGAGGGAGCAAGCUUCCUAUUCCAGUGAAAUCCAGCCCACCUGGUGCCAGGCCUGGCCAUAUCGUGACAGAUGGAGUUGGUUCCGGGUUCUGUAACAGGUCUUUGAAACCCCUUUACAAGACACCUGUGAGUUAUCCCUUGGAGAUUUCAGACCUGCAAGAGCUGUGGGAUGAUCUCUAUGAAGAUUAUUUGCCACUCCGGGUCCAGCACAUGACUGAAGAGUUACUCAGACAACAAAAGCUGAAUUCCAGUGAGGCUGUUAUAACCCAACCGUCUGUAUCUGAGUCCCACUUGGCUGAACUCCAGGAAAAAAUCCAGCAAAUGGAGGCUACCAACAAGAUUCUUCAAGAAAAACUGGGUGAAUUGAGCUGUGAACUAAAGUCUGCUCAGGAGUCAUCUCAGAAGCAAGAUGGUACAAUUCAAAGCCUCAAGGAAACUCUGAAAAGCAGGGAAAAUGAGACCGAGGAGUUGUACCAGGUGAUUGAAGGUCAAAACGACACAAUGGCAAAGCUUCGAGAAAUGUUGCACCAAAGCCAGCUCGGACAACUUCAUAACUCAGAGGGUGCUGCCCCUGCUCAGCAGCAGGUGGUUCUGCUUGAUCUUCAGAGCGCUCUAUUCCACAGCCAGCUUGAAAUACAAAAACUCCAGAGGGUGGUACGGCAAAAAGAACGCCAGCUGGCUGAUGCCAAACAAUGUGUGCAGUUCAUAGAGGCAGCGGCCUAUGAGAGAGAAAAGCAGAAAGAGGCUUCUUGGAAACAUAACCAGGAACUGCGAAAAGCCUUGCAGCAUCUACAAGGAGAACUGCAGAGUAAGAGCCAACAGCUUCAUACCCUAGAGGCCGAGAAAUACAGUGAGAUCCGAACCCAGGAGCAACACAUUCAGCACCUAAACCAUAGCCUGAGUCACAAAGAGCAGCUGCUUCAGGAAUUUAGAGACCUGCAGUAUCGAGAUAACUUGGACAAAACCCUUGAAGCAAAUGAAAUGUUGCUUGAGAAACUUCGUCAGCGAAUACAAGAUAGAGAUGUUGCUCUGGAGCGAGCUAUAGAUGAAAAGUUCUCCACUCUAGAAGAAAAAGAAAAGGAACUGCACCAACUCCAUCGUGCUGUGCGAGAGCGAGAUCGUGACUUAGAGAGAGUGCGUGGUAUCCUCUCCACUAAUGAAGCGACCAUGCAGAGCAUGGAGAGUCUUCUGAGGGCCAAAGCCCUGGAAGUGGAACAGUUAUCUGCUACCUGUCAAAACCUCCAAUGGCUGAAGGAAGAAAUGGAAACCAAAUUUAGCCAUUGGCAGAAAGAACAAGAAAGUAUCAUUCAGCAAUUACAGACGUCUCUGCAUGACAGGAACAAAGAAGUAGAGGAUCUCAGUGCAGCAUUGCUCUGCCAGCUUGGACCAGGGCAGAGUGAGAUAUCUGAGGAGCUGUGCCAGCGUCUACAGCAGAAGGAAAGGCUGCUGCAGGACCUUCUGAAUGAUCGAAACAAACAGGCAAUGGAACAUGAAAUGGAGAUUCAGGGCCUGCUUCGGUCUAUGAGCACCAGGGAGCUGGAGAGCAAAGUUGCUUCAGAGAAGAUGGUACAAGCCCUAAUGGAAAGAAAUGCAGAAUUACAGGCCCUGCGCCAGUAUUUGUGGGGGAAAGAUGUGGUGGUGUCCCAAGCACUAGUCUCUAACCAACCAGCUGAAGUUACCUCGAUUAGCUCCCACCUUGGGCGACAGACUGAUCAAGGUUCACUGCCUAUGCCCUCCAGAGAUGAUAAUACUUCAUUGACUGUCAGAGGGGAUACCAGCAUACCCAGGUUCUCAUUAGGAGACUUGGAUACAGUUGCAGGUCUGGAAAAAGAACUGCAUAAUGCGAAAGAGGAACUUGAGCUCAUGGCUAAAAAAGAAAGAGAAAGUCGGAUGGAACUUUCUGCACUGCAGUCCAUGAUGGCUGUACAAGAGGAAGAGCUGCAGGUGCAGGCUGCUGAUAUGGAGUCCCUGACCAGGAACAUACAGAUCAAAGAAGAACUAAUAAAGGAUCUGCAAAUGCAACUUGUUGAUCCUGAAGACAUACCAGCUAUGGAACGCCUGACUCAAGAAGUCUUACUUCUUCGGGAAAAAGUUGCUUCAGUAGAAUCACAGGGUCAAGAAACUUCAGGAAACCGAAGACAACAAUUACUGCUGAUGCUGGAAGGACUGGUAGAUGAACGGAGUCGGCUCAAUGAGGCCUUACAGGCAGAGAGACAGCUCUACAGCAGUCUGGUGAAGUUCCAUGCUCAUCCAGAGAGCUCUGAGAGAGACCGAACUCUGCAGGUGGAACUGGAAGGGGCCCAGGUGAUACGCAGUCGCCUUGAAGAAGUUCUUGGAAGAAGCCUGGAGCGCUUAAGCAGGCUGGAGACCCUGGCUGCCAUUGGAGGUGCGGCUGCAGGAGAUGACACGGAAGAUGCAAGCACUGAGUUCACGGACAGCAUCGAGGAGGAGGCCGCACACAGUAGCCACCAGCAACUCAUCAAGGUGGCUUUGGAGAAAAGCCUGGCAGCUGUGGAGCCCCAGAACCUAUCUCUUGCCCCUGCUACCCUGACAGGAGGGGACAGUAGCAGGGCUCUUCAGGAGGAAAUGCUCCGCCUGAGGGCUGAGGUCCACCAGCACCUAGAGGAGAAGAGGAAGGCUGAGGGGGAACUGAAGGAGCUAAAGGCUCAAAUUGAGGAAGCAGGAUUCUCCUCCGUGGCCCACAUCAGGAACACCAUGCUGAGCCUUUGCCUUGAGAAUGCAGAGCUGAAAGAGCAGAUGGGAGAAGCAAUGUCUGAUGGAUGGGAAAUUGAGGAAGACAAGGAGAAGGGCGAGGUGAUGGCUGAAGCUACGGGAGCCAAAGGGGGUCUGAAUGAGAACGGCCUUCAGGCUGAGUUCAGAAACCUCCAGGGAAAACUGAAGAAUGCCCACAACAUCAUCAACCUCCUCAAAGAACAGCUGGUGCUGAGCAGCAAGGAAGGGAAUAGUAGACUUAGCCCAGAGCUCCUUAGGCACCUGGCCAGGGAGAUUGACAGAAUGAACACAGAGCUCGUUUGUUCUGGGAAGCGCCAGAGCCGAGAGGGGGACGAUGUGACCACGAGGCCCCACGCCAGGCCCCGGAGCCUCAACCCGGGGUCUGCCCUCACAGUGGAUGCCCACCAAGGAAGGCUGGCUAGCCAGCCCCAGCCCCAGGACCCUGGGCCUCAUGCAGAAUUUAGCCUGGCGGGACCCACCAAGCAGCUGCGCUCCCAGCUGGCACAGUGCAGACAAUGCUACCAAGAUCUCCAGGAGAAGCUGCUGAUCUCAGAAGCCACUGUCUUUGCCCAGGCCAACCAGCUGAAGAAAUACAGAGUCAUGUUCGGAGAAUCCUUGGUGAAGCAAGACAACAAGCAAGUGCAGGUGGAUCUCCAGGAUCUGGGCUAUGAGACUUGUGGCCGCAGUGAGAAUGAGGCUGAGCGGGAGGAGAGCACCAGCCCGGAGUGUGAAGAGCAUGACAGCCUCAGAGAAACAGUCCUGAUGGAGAGACUGAGCUCUGAGCAGGAACACCUGGGCUCAACACUGGCCAGUCCCCCUGAGAAGAAGCCCCUGGAGAACCCAGUGGGGAAGCUGGAGAAGCUCCAGGCAUAUGGAAAGUCGGGAGACAUCUCUCUCCUACAUAAGGACAUCAAAGAUCUGAAGGCCCAGCUACAGAACGCCAAUAAGAUCAUUCAAAACCUCAAGAGCCGGGUCCGGUCCCUGUCGGUCACAAGUGAUUAUUCAUCUAGUCUGGAGAGACCACGAAAGCUGAAGGCCAUUGGCACCCUUGAGGGAUCCUCACCUCAUAGUGUCACUGAUGAGGAUGAAGGGUGGCUGUCUGAUGGCACUGGGGCCUUCUACCCACCGAAGCUUCAGGCUGAAAAGGAUCUGGAGAUUCUGACCCAGAGAGUGUCCCGGCUAGAGGCCCAGCUCCCAAAAACUGGACUGGAAGGGAAGCUGGCUGAGGAGCUGCGAUCAGCCUCGUGGCCUGGGAAAUAUGAUUCCCUGAUUCAAGAUCAGGCCCGAGAACUAUCCUACCUACGCCAGAAAAUACGAGAAGGGAGAGGUAUCUGUUAUCUUCUCACACAGCAUGCAAAAGAUACAGUAAAGUCUUUUGAGGAUCUCCUAAGGAGCAAUGACAUUGACUACUACCUGGGGCAGAGCUUCCGGGAGCAGCUUGCCCAGGGAAGCCAGCUGAUAGAGAGGCUCGCCAGCAAACUCAGCGCCAAGGAUCAUAAAAGUGAGACAAAUCAAGCUGGACCUGAGCCGCUGGCCCUCAGGCUCAGCAGGGAGCUGCAGGAGAAGGAGAAAGUGAUCGAACUCCUGCAGGCCAAGCUGGAUGCCCGGUCCCUCACACCCUGCAGCAGCCAUGCCUUGUCUGACUGCCAUCGCUCCCCCAGCAGCUCCUCCUUCCUGUCUGACGAGCUAGAAGCCUGCUCUGACAUGGACGUAGCCAGCGAAUACACACACUAUGAGGAGAAGAAAGCUUCACUGGGCCACUCAGAUUGCAUCCACCAUUCCAGUCCUUCUGCUGUACUGUCUUCUAAACCAUCAGCAGCUCAGGGGGUUAAGGCCGAACCCAGCAGCAACCUCAUCAGCUUGCCAUCUCCCCAGAACCCCCCCCAAGAGGCCAGCCAGGCCCUUCCAGGCCUUCAUUUUCCCUCCAUACCCACGCUGGUUAGCCUCCCCCAGGCACCACUACCCUCAGCUCCACCCAGCUUCCUGCCUUUCAGCUCCACUGGUCCUCCCCGCCUUGGCUGCUGUGAGACACCCAUGGUCUCCCUGGCGGAGGCUCAGCAGGAGCUGCAGAUGCUGCAGAAGCAGUUGGGAGAAAGUGUCAGCACUGUCCAUCCUGCUUCCCCAGCUGCACUGCUGACCAACCAUUCAGAAGCCAGCUCUUCUCACUACCUCCACCCUCCCCAGCCCCACUGUCCUCCAAAGGGCCCCAUGGAACUGGGAAGAAUCCUGGAGCCUGGGUCCCUGGGCAGCAGUGACAAGUGGGACAUGAGGAGGCCUCAGAAAGGGAGAGUAUCUGGGGACCUAACCCCAGGCUCUUCUGUGUACCAGCUGAAUUCCAAAGCCACAGGGGCUGACCUGUUAGAAGAGCAUCUUGGUGAAAUCCGGAACCUGCGCCAGCGCCUGGAGGAGUCCAUCUGCAUCAAUGACCGCCUGCGGGAGCAGCUGGAACACCGGCUCAGCUCCACUGCCCGCAGAGCCGGAACCACCUCUCACUUCUACAGUCCAGGCCUGGAGUCCACACCUCAGCUCCACAAUGAGAACAGAGUCCUUAGGGAAGAAAACCGGAGCCUUCAAGCUCAGCUGAGUCACAUUUCCAGAGAGCACUCCCAGGAAACAGAACACCUGAGGGGGGCGCUCCUGUCCUCUCGAUCUCGGCUUCAAGAGCUGGAAAUAGAGCUGGAGCACCACAGGGUGGAUCGACAGCAGCUUUUAGAAGACUUAAAGGAGAAGCAGCAGGAGAUCCUGUGUUUCCAGGAGGAACGACUGUCGCUGCAGGAGAAAGACUCCAGGCUGCAGCAUAAACUGGCCCUCCUUCAGCAACAGUGUGAAGAGAAACAGCAGCUAUUCCAGUCCCUCCAGUCAGAGCUACAGAUCUAUGAGACACUUUAUGGCAAUUCCAAGAAGGGGCUGAAAGCUUACACCUGGGAUGCCUGUCCUUUGAGUGGUGACUUGAGCUAUGUGGUGGCAGAGAUCCGAGCUUUGAGAGGGCAGCUGGAGCAGAGUAUUGAGGUGAACAAUGGUCUGCGACUGCAGCUGGAACAGCAGUUGGAUGGUGGCAGUGGCAAAGCCAGCCUCAGCCCCUCCUCCAUAAACCAGAACUUCCCAGCCAGCACUGGCCCUGGAGACAAGCAGCCACGCUUCCAAGAUGCAGUUGCUUCCCCUCCAGUUCGGGACGUCGGCAUGAAUUCUCCAGCUCUGGCCUCUCCCACCUCUUCCACAGCUGCGGGAUCAGAGGCCACCAUCCCCGAUAGGACAAGUGAGCUGAGUUUGGCCACUUCUCCAGGAAUGAAGAACCCACCUGAGCUACUGGGUGGUGCUACCGAUGGCUCCUUUGCCAAUAAGCAUGGCCGCCAUGUCAUUGGCCACAUUGAUGACUACAGUGCCCUGAGGCAGCAGGUUGGGGAGGGCAAACUGCUGGUCAAAAAGAUAGCAUCUCUUCUGAGGUCAGCCUGCAGCUUCCCUAGCCUUGAAGGCCAGGGCACAGAGGUGCCUGUCAGCAAAGGCAUCCAUGAGCUUCAGAGCAGCACCAAGGCCCUGCGUCGCACGAUGGAGGAGUCAGCCGCCCUCCUCGCCAUGUUCUGGCGGGCAGCCUUGCCAAGCUCCCCUAGCCCCGUGUUGCCAGGCCAAGCGGGAGAGUCCAUGAAAAGGGAGCUUCUGGAACUGAGAACCAAACUAUCCAAACAGGAGGGUGUCCUUCAGAGCACAGCUGAGCGUCUGAAGACAGCCAACCAGCAGAAGGACAGCAUGGAGCAAUUCAUCUUCAGCCAGUUGACCAGGACACAUGAUGUUUUGAAGAAGGCAAGGACUAAUCUGGAGAAGAACACUUACAAGAUUGCUUCUAGAAAGCCUUAUUCCUGUCCCAGAAAAGGAGCCACGCAAGAAGUGAAGCCACCAGAGGUCCUUAAAACAGCAGGAAGGAUGGGCCUGCCCGCCUUCUGCCCAGCUACCUGUCUGCUGAGGAGGAUCUGGAGCCCACUUCUCCACCGCUUGAGGGCCCAGAAGGAGCCAAAGAUGUGGCCUGUGAGGCUGGGUGGAAGGCAGGGGCCUCUCUUGCAGUUGUAGACUACCAUCAGCCGAGGGCCAGUGGCUCAGCACUGAGCCCAGUGUGUGUAGCUUGUAGAGGACAUUGUGACGCUGCUUCUGAAUGCCCCACAGGCGUGGGAACUAGCAAGAGCACAUUUCUCGCCUCAGUACCUAUCCUCAGAUGGUGAGCUCAGGGGAAAUAGGACCCUGCUUCCCUCAAAUGGGGCAUGUGGUCCCAACGCUGGUGCUCCUCAGCAGUUCUAAAAGCACAUGACUGAGCUGCGCUGCCCUGCUAGACAGUGGGGCUCAGCCAGCCCUGCUCACAGAUCCACCCCUGACUGGGGCCAGCUUAGACGCAUCAUCGGCAGGCUGGAUUGGUCUGCACUGCAGCACCUGAGUUCUUUGAAUCCACAGGGUGAUAGCAGUGACUUCCCAGAUGCCAUCCCUUGCUUAGCCUAGCACCUCCUAUUUCUAGUCUCUUGUGAUCUCCAGAAUGUACUGACCUCACUCUAAAUAUGCUGUCCUGUUUUAUCAUCCUGACUUUCCUCUUGGGAACUGGGGACUAAAGGCCAGACUAAGCCCAUUGAAAGUCGUGUGUGAAAGAAAGUGAUCAUCUUUAAGUGGAAUGUGUGCCCCAGUUGUGCUAAGACCUAGACUGUGUCUUCACAGUGCUUUAGAAUGUGUGUAUGUGUGUAUAAAUAUAGUAUAUAUUUAUAUAUGUUCCUAUAGCCAUAUGUUGAAGGCUAACAUAACCGGUGGACAGGGUCGGUGAGAGGAAGUCUUUUUGGUGGCUAUUAAAGCAAAAUGUGUAUAAAGAAAGAAAAAAUUUUCUUCACCUGCUUUGUUUCUAAUUUUUAUCCCAAUGUCUGGGCUGAGCGUAUAAGAAUAAGAAAUGGUGAACUAUUGUUAAGAAGCUCAUAGUCUAAUGCUUAAAGCCUAAGUUUUAAAGAGUAAGUUUUUCCUUCUUUGUCAUUUUAUAGGAAUCCCCAGUCUAAAAAUAUAGAAGAGCAGUUCUGAAAUUUAGGGUGCCUUAGUCUCAGCUGUGGGGUUUAUAGAAGCUACUUCCUGGGCUCUAGUCCCAAGAGAUUUAGUCAGUGUGGAGACCUCAAAUCUGCAUUUUUCCCAUAUGCACCCCAGCUGAUUCUGAUGCAGGUGGGCUGCAGACCACAGUUUAAAAUACAUUGUUCUAUAAUAGUGAAUCAAAACUAUAAAUACACUUGUCUUAUUUUAAUUAAGAACCAUUAACUGAAAAAUAACUUGUUCCGUAAAUGCUGACACACAUUUCUUAAUGUAUUCCUUGGGGUAAGUCCUUACUUAGGUCCUUUUGCCUCCAGAACUAAAGCUAUCGCUCCACAAUUAUUUCCUAGAAACAGAUGAAAAAAAUGUAAAACAAGCAACAACAGCAAGAACAUAAACUCAAACACUGUCACCACAAGCACCACCAACAGCAAUGACAAGAAGAUCCGUCAGCAGAUUCUGGCCUGGGGCAGAGACACACCCCACUCUCAGUGGGUGGCAUGACCUCAGCACCUGCUUUUACACUCAGUUGUUUAAGUAUUUCCAAUGAGUGCCUUUGGCUGCCCACACAGAGGAACUCACUGGCAGAAUAAACAGAACGAUGAAAGGUCAGCAAAUCCAUAGUUGAGUAAAGACAAAGUAGCAGAAUUUGAGGCCCUCUUGCUUAUAUUACCAAUCACCCUAUGCAUACUCAGGCAUCCCAGCAGAUCUCCCGGUGCUCCAGGGCCAGUAGGCACAGUGAAAGAUCAGUAAUCAGGGAGGACUCAAAUGUUGCUUUUAAGAAACUCAUCAUUACAUCCAAUCACAAAUUACACUUGGGGAAAAGCCUUAGAAGCCAUUCUUGUAUUUCACCCUUUGUGAAGUGUUGAGAAGUAACUCUGUGCUUUGAUUAAGACUUGUAAAAAUAUAUCUUUGAAUGGAGGAUUCACCAAUAUUUAACGGUUUGUAAAUUCUUUUCCUCUGUGUGACAGAAGCAGGGCCCAUUCUUAAAAAUAAAAGAGUCUUUGUGGCCACUGA